CACAGGUCCAUCACUGUGUGAGCAGCGUAUCAUGCGCUGGUAUUCAAUUCGCAUUAUUUAGCUAUUUUGCCACUGGAGUGCAGUUUUUGGUAAGGUCGUUUCAUUCGUAAACAUGGCAGCGGAGUGGAUGGCGUUUAGUCCUACACAUUCCCUGUCUGAAAAUUCAAAGAUGAAUGGCAGCGGCAUGGACACAAAUAAGGAAAACGCAUCGAUUCCUGUUUUAAGUUUGGAUACGUUUUCGAGACCUCCUUUUGUGUCGUUUGGAAAUGUUAAAAUGGGAUCAUCUAAAACGUUAGUUUUAAAAAUAGUAAAUCCCAUAGACGAGGUUUCUAUGGACGUGAAAGUCGAGAAAAUUGCGUCUUCGAAAGGAUUCUCAGUUGACCAAACAAGACUCUCGAUUGAGCCCAGUGGAAGUGCCAUUUUGGCAAUAACUUGGACGCCUGUGGAGGAUGGCGGCUUCAGGGAACUGAUUACAUUUACAGCUAACGGGUUUAGCAAACACCAAGCUGUUCUUCUUGGCAAAGUGGACGCACCGAGGAAGAAAAAGAAGAGUCUGUGGGAUUCAAUCAAAGCCAAAAACGCAGACCCCUCCGCCACUGGUCGCGUGAAGAAAGCGGAGACUGGCCCACACAAGGCUGUCAACAAAACGUUCCACGUGUCGAGACAGCCCCAGUACAAAAGAGAGAAGGCAAGGAGUCCCCUGUCACAGUUUAACAGGGAGAGGCCUUCUCUUAAAGUUUCCCACCAUGAGGAGAAUGAGUCUGCCAAGGCCUCCAAAAAGCAACAACCCCCCAGGAAGCCCCAAGUGCCUUCCAUUCAGGGUGAUGUUGAGAACGGCCCUCAGCAGUGCAUCUCCCCUCGCGUGCUGCAGGUCUCCGCAGACAAACUCUUAUCUGUUCCCUCCGCGGCAAAAACCCCUCAGACCCCCACGGGCUUAUCAGAGCGCAGGAUGUUGAACAAGACUCUGUCCCCCGUCGGGUCCAUGUUUAGGCCGCAAGGUCCCGGCUGUGACAGCCCCCUGCCCGUGAUAAAGACCCGCCCGACGAACGACACGCUAGAGUCGAAAUCGCCAAAGGGGAAAGCGCAGAUGCCCAAAUUGUCCCUGCCCAAGUCGCCCGUGCCCUCGCUGAGCGACGCGCUGGACAUCAUCGACUCGGAUCUGUGCCAGCCGGUCAGCCCACCCAACGCCUGCUCCAGCUUUGACUUCUCCGACUCCCUGGAGUCUGAGGAGGGAGGCCCUGCUCCUCUUCCUCAUCCUGGCACCAGCAGCGACAGUCAUGGCCCAGCUCUGGACGUGGAGCCUGGAGCGGAUCGUGAGGAUGACGCCGUGCCCUUCGAGCUCGACCUUGCUGAGCCCAGACUCACAUUCUUCGUCAAACCAAAAACGGCUCAAUCAUCAUCAUCCUCAUCGUCAUCCUCGUCCUCCUCCUCCACAUCAUCAUCAGCAGCAGUAUCAGCAGUGUCAGGACUCGGCUGCCCUGGCAAGGUGGCGAGGAAAGUCAAGGUCAGCGCUGCGGAGGACGCCUGUCUCCCUGCGAGGCCUGCGGUGUGCUCUGCCACAGUUACCAAAAGUAGAGCGCCGCCGCCGCCGCCUCCGCCAUCCUCCCCUCCAGCCAGCUCUCGCCGCACUGUCAAGACAUCGCGGCGCAGGCUCCUGGGAGGGCCGGCCAGCAGCAGCAGCGUGGGGGGUGUGGAGAGGCUGCCAGAUGCCACGAGCUCUGCUGGACUGCCGGUCAUCGCUGCGAACGACAUGAGUACUCGCAGCACACAUGCCGGCUCCUCCUCCUCUUCAUCAUCAUCCUCCUCUUCCUCGGUGCCCCCCAUGUCCUCGGGGGAAGACCACUGGCCCAACAGCAGCAGCAUCGUCAGUAGUCCCGACGGGGCGGCGGCAGAGGAGACGGACACAGCAGCGGAGCGGGAUGAGGAGCAGUGUGUGGUGGUGGUGGUGGCGGCCGGCACCGAGCGGGAGCAGUUUGUGGUCCAGAAGCCGCUGCCGCUGAGUGUGCCGCUGCAUCUUGGGAAGAAGCGCAAGAGUGACGAGUACCUGAGGGGCGAUGUGGCGCCCGAGGACAACCAGAGGAAGAGCCAGAGCCAGACCCUGGCGAAGAGGAGCCGGGCACAGGGUGGGCAGAUGCAGGGCGCUGUCAGCAGAGAUGUCAGUCGAGUGGCAGCGAAAGGCUCUGUGGCACAACCCUCUAUGCUGCAGAAGCAGCCCAAAGCAGCUGGUUCAGUGUCGAGGGCUGAUGUCGUCAAGCGGGCCUCCAGGACACAGUCGAGGCCGCCCCCUCAGAGAACGACCCACAGAGCCCCGUCGGUGAGGUCCUCGUCCACCUCCUCGGUGCGGAAGUCUCGGGUGAUCGCGGUGGCUCAGUCCCAGCUGUCCUUCAUAAAGCCAGCCACCCCCACAGUCAUCCCGCGGCACCCGCUGCCCUUCGCGGCCAAGAACAUGUUCUUCGACGAGCGCUGGCUGGAGAAGCAGGAGAGGGGCUUCACCUGGUGGAUAAACUACGUCCUCACACCCGAUGACUUCCGGGUCACCGCAGAGGUCACCAAAGUGAGUGCCCUGUCCCUGACGAGUGGUGACAGCAAGUUUGCGGUCCCCAAAGCCCCGACUAAAGAGGAGAUGUCGCUGCGGACGUACACAGCUCGGCGGCGUCUGAACCGGCUGCGGCGCGCGGCGUGCCAGCUCUUCUCCUCGGACGACAUGGUGAAGGCCAUCCAGAGACUGGAGAUUGAGGUGGAGGCACGCAGACUCCUCAUACGCAAGGACCGACACCUCUGGAAGGACAUAGGGGAGCGUCAAAAGGUCUUGAACUGGCUCUUGUCGUACAAUCCACUCUGGCUGCGUAUAGGACUGGAGACGAUCUACGGGGAGCUGAUCUCUCUGGAGAGUAAUGACGAUGUGAUGGGGCUGGCCAUGUUCAUCCUGGGCCGCCUGCUGUGGAACCCCGACAUCGCAGGCGAAUACCGGCACGCCAAGGUGCCGCACCUCUACCGAGACGGUCACGAGGAGAACCUAUCCCGCUUCACUCUGAAGAAGCUCCUCCUGCUCGUCUGCUUCCUGGACCGAGCCAAGCAGUCCCGCCUCAUAGAACACGACCCCUGCCUCUUCUGCAUGGACGCCGAGUUCAAGACGAGUAAGGACCUGCUGCUGGCGUUCUCGCGUGACUUCCUGAGCGGUGAGGGGAUUCUGCCUCGACACCUGGGCCUUCUCGGCUUACCUGUGAGCCAUGUGCAGACGCCCCUGGACGAGUUUGACUUCGCCGUCAGGAACCUGGCGACCGACCUGCGCUGCGGCAUUCGCCUGGUGCGCGUGGUGGAGCUGUUCACCCAGGACUGGAGCCUGUCCAAGGGGCUGCGUCUGCCGGCCAUCAGCCGCCUCCAGAAGAUCCACAACGUGGAGAUGGCCCUCGCCGUGCUGCGCAAGAGGGGGGUGGACCUCAAGGAUGACCAUGGUGCAGCCAUCGACUCCAGGGACAUUGCAGAUGGCCACAGGGAGAAGACUCUCGCCCUCCUCUGGAAGAUCAUCUUUGCAUUCCAGGUGGAGGUGUUGCUGGAUGAGGAUCAGCUGAAGGAGGAGAUCAGCUUCCUCAGGAGAACGUGGCGGACCAAGCGGAAGCUCCAGUCUCUGCGUGCGGAUAACAGCACCUCCCAGAGGGCCAUGAGGUCACAGCCCGACAUCAAGCACAGCAGCGCCAAGCUCGCCCUGCUCAUGGACUGGGUCAACGCCGUCUGCGAGUUCUAUGACCUUAAGGCCGAGAACUUCACGGUGUCCUUCUCGGACGGCCGUGUCCUGUGUCUGCUGGUGCACCACUACCACCCCAGCCAGCUGCCCUUGGCCAAGGUCAAACUGGACACCACGCAGACCGUGGAGUGCGGCGCCCGCGGCCGAGUCGAGCUCAACACCUCCAGCAGCGACUCGGACACCUCCCUCGAUGGCAGUUCUGCCGCUCUCAACGGCCCCCUGUCCCCCUCGGUGGACUUCAAAGAGCUGCUGGACAACGAGAGAAGUAACUUCCUGCUGUUGAACUCCGCUGUGUCGUACCUGGGGGGAGUACCCGCCAUGAUCAACCCCACCGACAUGUCCAACACCAUCCCCAACGAGAAGGUCGUCACAUGCUUCCUGUCAUUCUUAUGCACUCGUCUGCUGGACCUGAGGAACGAGACGCGAGCAGCCAGGGUCAUCCAGGGUGCCUGGAGGAAGUACAAGCUGAAGAAGAACCUCGAACUCUACCAGGCAAGAACUGCAGCUGCUAGUAAGAUCCAGGCCGUCGUGAGAAGCUUCCUGUCCAGGAGGCGAGCGCUGAGGUGUGCAGCGGCGGCCGUCACUAUCCAGACCGCAUGGAGAGGCUACGCAGCGCGGCGCACGCUAAAACGCAUGCAGAUGGCACGUGCUCUAGCACACUACAGCCAAGCAGCCAUCAUCCUUCAGAAAUCCUACAGAGCAUGGCGCAGCCGCGAGUUUCUGAAGAAGAGUCGUGCUGCCGUGGUGAUCCAGGCCUGGUACCGCAUGCACGCCGCCAGCCAGCAGUACCGGCGUCUCAGAGCGGCAGCUGUGCGCGUCCAGGCGUGGUUCAGGGGCUGCGUCCAGAGACGACGCUUCCUGGCCCUGCAGCUGCGGCAGGCGUCCGCCGUGACCAUCCAGAGUGCCGUCAGGGGGCACCUCGUCCGCAGGCGCCUCGCCCUCCUGAGUGCGGCGGCCAUCUUCAUCCAGCGCAGCUUCCGGGCGCGUCGCCAGCGGGACCAGGAGAGGGCGCGCUACCUGACCUUGAAACACGCGGCCGUGACCUUGCAGGCGGCGUACAGAGGCCUGCGGGCACGCCGAGAGCAGGAAACCAGACGGCAGGCGGCCGUUAGGAUCCAGGCGACGUUCCGGAUGGCGAUGGCUCGUAAGGCCUACAGGGAGCUGCAGAGGACCGCCGAGCUUCACAGGUGUGCUACGCUCAUCCAGGCGCACUACCGCCGCUACCGUGCCCAGUGUCAGUUUAAGGCCAAAAGGUCGGCGGCUCUUGUCAUUCAGCAGCAUUACAGAGCCCAUCGUUCCGCCAUGCAGACUCGGAGCGAGUACGUCAGGCUUCGACAGGCCGCGGUGGUGUUGCAGGCUGCGUAUCGCGGCACACAGGUCCGACGGGCGCUGAGGACCAAGAACCACGCAGCCGUGGUAAUCCAGUCCCACGUACGCUUCUUCCUCUGCCGCCGGCGCUAUCUGGCCUUAAGAGCAGCUGCUGUCGUGGUUCAGCGGCGGUAUCGUGCGAGUGUGCUCGGCCGAGCGGAACGGGAGCGCUACCAGCAGGUCCAGAGAGCAGCUGUGGUUCUGCAGGCCGCUACCCGUGGGCUCCUGCUGCGACGCCGCUUACAGAGGGAGCACCAGGCAGCCACCGUCAUCCAGGCCUUCUUCAGAGGUCAGAAGGCUCGACUGUCCUACCUGGCGCUGAGGUGUGCCGCCACCAUCAUCCAGCAGCGGUACCGAACGGUAGCUGCGGGCCGGCUAGCGAGAGAGGACUACUUGAGGAAGAGAGCGGCAGCCGUGUGUCUCCAGUCUGCCUUCAGGGGAGCGCGGGCUCGGAGGCGCGUCCGCGAGAUGCACGAAGCCGCCACCGUCAUCCAGGCGUUCUUCAGAGCUCAGAAGGCUCGACUGUCCUACCUGGCACUGAGGUGUGCUGCCACCAUCAUCCAGCAGCGGUACCGUGCGGUGGUUGCGGGCCGCCGAGUGAGAGAGGACUACUUGAGGAAGAGAGCGGCAGCCGUGCGUCUGCAGUCUUCCUUCAGGGGAGCGCGGGCUCGGAGACGCGUCCGGGAGAUGCACAAGGCCGCCACCGUCAUCCAGGCGUUCUUCAGAGCUCAGAAGGCUCAACUGUCUUACCUGGCACUGCGGUGUGCCGCCACCAUCAUCCAGCAGCGAUACCGAGCGGUCGUUGCGGGCCGCCGAGCGAGAGAGGACUACUUGAGGAAGAGAGCGGCAGCCGUGUGUCUCCAGUCUGCCUUCAGGGGAGUGCGGGCUCGGAAGCGUGUCCGCGAGAUGCACAAGGCCGCAACGGUCAUCCAGGCUCGCUUCAGGGGGCACGUCCAGCUCGUCAGCUACCAGCGCUCCCGUCGGGCGGCUCAGGUCAUCCAGCAGAGGCUACGAGCGCACCUGGCCAGGAACGCUGCCGUGCGUGAGUACUCCGCCUUGAAGUCGGCAGCCGUGUGCCUUCAGGCCAGUUACCGCGGGAUGAUGGCGAGGAGGCGUCUGGCAGAAAAGCAGAGCGCUGCUGUGGUGAUCCAGAGGAUAUACAGGACGCACAAGCAGCGCAGAGACUACCUGGCGCUCAGAGGAGCCGUCGUGAAGAUCCAGAGACACCUACGAGCCACUCUGAUGGCACGGCAGGAGCAGAGACGCUUGUGCUCCGUGCGCAAUGCAGCCGUCACCCUCCAGUCCGCAUUCAGAGGCAUGAAAGACAGACGAGAGCUGAAGAGGCAACACACGGCUGCUGUGCUCAUCCAGGCUCACUUCAGGAUGCACAGGACAAGAGUGCGAUAUCAGGCCAUGAGGCUGGCUUCAGUCAUCAUACAGACGCACUACAGGCACCGUCUCCAGGGAAAGCGCGUCAGGGAGGACUAUCUGAAGCUCCGCCGAAGCGCAACCCUGGUUCAGGCGGUCUUCCGAGGCAAUCGGGCCAGGCGUGAUGUCGGUCGGAUGCACUCGGCGGCCCGUCUGAUCCAGGCCCAGUUCAGGAUGCACCGUCUCCGAGCGCGCUAUCUGGCGCUCCAAUGGGCCACCAAGGCCAUCCAGGAGAGGUACCGUGCCAACAGGCUGCGAAACUAUCAGGUGCAGCAGUACGCGACCAUGAAAAGAGCUGCGCUGACCAUCCAGUCUGCCUUCCGUGGCCAUCAAGCGAGGCAGGAGUUGAAGACCAGGCACAACAUGGCUACCGUUAUCCAGAGACAGUUUUUGACCUUUUUGGAAAGGAGGCGUUUCUUGGCGGUCAGGGCGGCUGCGGUCCUCUGUCAAAGGCGGUAUCGCGCCAAGCGGACGGUACUGGAGUGUCGGCAGGAGUACCUGGACAAAAGGAAAGCCUGCGUCACCAUUCAGGCGUGUUACAGAGGGUUCAGGGUUCGAAAGCAGGUGCGGCAACAACACAAGGCAGCCACGAUCAUCCAGGCCUGCGUCAGGAAACACCUCUGCAGGUCCCACUACGUUCGCUUGUUGAGCGCUGUGCAGGUUGUUCAAGACCGCUUCAGAGCCAAUGUGCAGAUGAGGGAAGCUCUAGAAGACUACCAAAGGAAGAGGCAGGCUGUGGCCGUGCUCCAGGCAGCGUUUCGCGGCAUGAAAGUCCGGCAGAGCCUGCUCCUGCAGCACCAGGCUGCGGUGGUUCUGCAGAGCAGCUGGCGAGCUUGCCAGGAGCGCAGACGCUACCUCGCCCUCCGAGCAACCGCCGUCGCCAUCCAACGCCGGUAUCAGGCCGUGAAGGCGGCUCGGGAGGACAGGCAGCGUUACCUCUGUCUGCGUCGUGCUGCGAUCACUCUGCAGGCUGCCCUCCGCGGACGGAACACCAGGAAGCACCUCCUCCGCCAGCACCAGGCGGCCACCACCAUUCAGGCCGCAUUCAGGGGCUGGAGCCAGCACGUCAAGUACCAGGCCAUGAGGUUCUCCGCCAUAGUCAUCCAGACCCAGUACCGCGCUUACAUGGUGGGUCGAGGUGUCCGUCAGGAGUACGCCACACUCAGGAGGUCUGCCGUUGCGAUCCAGGCCGCGUUCCGUGGCCAUCUCGCCAGGCGGAAGGCUGCGGAAAUGCAGCGGGCGGCGACGGUUAUCCAAGCGAGCUUCAGGAGACGCCGGCAGCAGGCGACGUUCAGGAGACAGCGCUGGGCCGCCUCCGUGCUCCAGCAACGCUUCCGGGCUAGCCAGCUGAGGAACGAGCACGUGCAGAAUUACCAGCAGCUGAGGAGCGCCGCUGUCAGCCUCCAGGCAGCCUUCAGAGCCAAGAAGGCGAGGCAGCAGGCUUCGCGUCUGAGGGCAGCGAGGGUCGUCCAGUCCUUCCUGAAGAUGGCGGUGCAGCGACGCCACUACCUGAGGACGAGGGCCGCCUCCGUCACCCUGCAGGCAGCCUGGAGAGCACGCCUGGCCCGCCAACGCUACACGCAGACGCGCGUGGCCGCCACGCUCAUCCAGGCGUGGUACCGCUCAUGCCGGCGGGCACGCGAGGAGAGGGAACAGCUUGCCAGGGCUGGAUGGGCUGCGGUGACGCUGCAGGCGGCGUUCCGGGGAAUGCUGGCGAGGAGGACGGCACAGCGGGAACGUGCGGCCGUCAGGAUCCAGGCGACGCUGAGAGGGGCGCUCCAGCGGAGGAGGUUCCAGAGGCUCAGGAGGAGCGCCAUUGCACUGCAGGCGGUGUACCGAGGGUGUCGAUUAAGGCGUGAGGUGGAGCGUCAGAGGGCUGCAGCUGUGGUCAUCCAGCAGCACUAUAGAGCUCAUCGACUCGGCCAGAUAGACCGGCAACACUUCCUCAAGACCAGGGCAGCAGCUCUCCUCAUCCAGGGAGCGUUGCGUCAGCUGCUGUGGCGGCGUGCUGUGCGUCGGGAGGAGGCUGCGGUGAGGAUCCAGGCCUUCUUCAGGGGCCGCCAGGCCAGGCAGCACUGUGUCGCCCGCAGGGCAGCCGUGCGCACCGUACACCGAUGCCUCCAGACCAGGCUCCAGCGCACAAGGUUCCUGGCUCUGCAGCAGAAUGCUCGGCUGGUGCAGCGAAGAUGGCGUGAGACGCUGGCAUCGCGCCGUCAACGGCAACACUUCCUGCUCGUGAAGGUCUCCGCGGUCACCAUCCAAGCCUGCUGGAGGGGGCAUGCCACCAGGAUAAACAUCAGCAAGGAGAAGAAGGCGGCCAUCUUGAUCCAGGCCCGAUUCAGAGGCCACGCUCAGAGACGGAACUUCCAGCAGCUCAGAGAGGUCACUGUGGCGAUGCAGAGGCGGUUCCGUGCCGUGCGACGCGAGCGUCUCGAGAGAGCCGAUCAGAUGCGCCGGGCUGCGGCCGCCACUGUUCUACAGGCUCACUGGCGCGGCUGGCUCACCAGGAGACGGCUCCAGGAGGCCAGGGAUGCCCGCAGGCGUCUGUGCUUCACGUCGGCGGCGUACCACCACGCCUGUGCCAUCAGGAUCCAGCGGGCGUAUCGCGCCCACAGAGCCCUCCAGGCUGCCAGAGCACAGAUGCACUCAGUCCUCUGCAUUCAGCGGUGGGUGAAGUGCUGGCUGCAGCGGCGGCGGUACCUGUUGGAGCGAGAGCGGGCACGUGAGGCUCGUCGCGAGGCCCAGGAGAGGGAAGCCAGACGCCACCACGCCGCCACUGUCAUCCAGCGCGCCGUACGGGCACACCUGCAGCGCAGACGCCAGGAGCGGGUGCAUCGCGGCAUCCUCAGGGCACAGGCUUUGUGGAGAGGUCACUGCUCCCGAAAGCUGCACGACAACCGAAAGAUAGUUGCCAUGCGGCAUCGCUUCCGAAAGGUCAACCGAGAGCUAAAGGAGGAGGAUCGCCUGCGCAACAAGACGGUCACAGCCAUCGACUACCUGCUAGCCUUCAACAACUACGCCUACAUCCUCCUAGCCUUGAAAUACCUAGAGACGGCGACGCGUUUGUCUCCGGAGUGCUGUGAGCACCUGGUGAAGAGUGGAGCCACGGAGAAGAUCGUCACCCUCAUCAGGAGCUGCAACCGCAGCCUGCCCUCCAUGGAGGCUAUCAGCCUGGCCACCCAGGUGCUGCUCAACCUGUCCAAGUAUGAGCGGACGCUGGAAGCGGUGUUUGCGGCGGAGCAUGCGGUGGACAUGCUGCUGGACCUGCUGCAGAUCUACCGCGAGAAGGCCGGAGACAAGAUGGACACCAAGGGGGGCAGCAUCUUCACCAAGGCCUGCUUCCUGCUCUACCUGCUGGUGCAGGACGCACACAGGGCAGCGGAGGUGAGGAGUAUCCCGAAGGCUGUGGAUCGGCUGCGUAGCAUCUACCGGCUGACCAUGAGGAAGUGCCGCAAGGACACGGAGAGGCUGGUGGCCCAGCAGAGGAGCACUGGAUCCCUCAACGGCAGCCUCCUCAUCCCACCCACACCACGCAAAUCACGCGCACCGCCCAGGUUUGUUCCUGAUUGGGUGUUGGGGAAGAACAAACGCAGGGAUAUUGACUCUCUGACAGCGAUCCAAAUGGUUGCAGAUGUUUUAUGUAUUAAAUUGUAAGGUGUGUUUUUUUUCUUUUCUUUUUUUUCAAUUCCUUCAGAUUUCGUUUAACUGCUUUUAAAAGAAAAUGUGUUUUUUUAAAUCUUUGUAUCUUUUAUCUUUUUAUCUUUUGUAAAUAUUUGCUUUUGUAAAUAAAUGGUCUUGUCAAAACCUA